AUGCAACAGCUGAUGAAAAAUUUUAGCGGUACUAAGAAACUGGAUAGUGAGCAAAUGGCUGGUUUUUCUGUCGACUUCCUGCUGGCUGGUUACGAGACUACGGCCAACACUCUGAGCUACACCACAUACCUCCUGGCAAUGAACCCUGAUGUACAGGAGAAACUACAGGCAGAGAUUGACCAAUACUUUGAGGAAGAGCCCGAGAUUUCUUUAUAUGAAGCAGCUCAGAAUCUCAAAUACUUGGAUAUGGUAUUGAAGGAAUCUCUAAGGCUCUACACACCAGUACCAAAGGUUAUGCGCCAGUGCUCUAAAACGGUUACUGUUGGAGGAGUAACCAUUCCCGAAGGAGCAGGUGUGGUGAUUCCAAUUGAUGUCAUUCAUCACUUGCCUCAGUAUUGGCCUGACCCUUACAAGUUUGAUCCUGAGAGGUUUACGGUUGAAGCAGAGGCAAACAGACACCAGCUGGCCCACAUGCCAUUUGGUUGGGGUCCUCGAAGUUGUCUUGGUAUGAGGUUCGCUUUGCUCGAGACGAAGAUUGCACUCAUGGAGAUACUGAGGAAAUACAGCUUUGCCCGAGGACCAGAGACUCCAGCCCUCUUGGAUCUGGAGCGCGGCUUCACAACAGUGCCAAAAGGUGGCGUGUAUGUCAAGAUCAUACCAAGAAAAUAGUCAAAAAACAUUUAUCCCUAUGCAUGAAAAUUACAUCGCAGAUC